AGGUCUUUCAUCAGUUAUCUCCGGGAUUUUUCGUGAUAACUUGACCAGGAGGAGUUGCAGCAAAAAAGAACCCGAUUGCGUGUUUAAACAGUGAAAACUAAACCGUUUCUUUGUGACAAUGAACUCUUUGGUGGAGAUCGACGGCAGUGUGAUGGAGGGGGGCGGACAGAUUCUCAGAGUGUCCGCCGCACUCAGCUGCAUUACCGGAACCAUCAUCAAGAUCUGCAAAAUCCGAGCCGGCAGGAGUACUCCUGGUCUCAGACCACAGCACCUGAGUGGACUGCAGCUGGUCUCGGAUUUGUGCUCAGCCAGUCUGCAGGGAGCCGCCAUUGGAUCCACAGAUAUCAGCCUGAGUCCAGGACCGAUCCAGUCUGGAAACCACACUGCCGACACACAGACAGCAGGGAGUGUGUGUCUGUUGCUCCAGGUGGCUCUGCCGUGCGCCAUUUUUGCCAAGGCCUCAUCACAGCUGUGUCUGAAGGGAGGGACUAACGCUGAGAUGGCGCCACAGAUCGACUACACGGUCUCGGUCUUUAAGCCUCUUGUGGAGAAGUUUGGCAUCCGUUUUGACUGUGAUGUCCGAAUGAGAGGCUACUUCCCCAGAGGUGGAGGUGAAGUGUUGGUGAAGGUCCACCCGGUCAAAGAGCUGUUGCCCGUCACCCUGAUGGACAGAGGAGACAUCACCAAAAUCUACGGCAAAGCCUUCGUGGCAGGAGCCUUACCCUUCAGACUGGCUAGAGACAUGUCGUCUGCAGCUGUCCGGACCAUCAGGAAGGACAUUAAAGACCUGUACAUCAACAUCCAACCCGUUCAGGAGCAGAACGCCCACGGAAACGGCAACGGCAUCAUAAUCAUCGCAGAGUCGUCCACAGGCUGCCUGUUGGCUGGUUCGGCUCUGGGAAAGAAAGGUGUGAGCGCAGACAAAGUGGGCAUCGACGCGGCUGAGAUGUUGCUGAGGAACAUCAGACAUAACGGCUGUGUGGACGACUUUCUCCAGGACCAGCUUAUCAUUUUCAUGGCGCUGGCAAAGGGAACAUCUCGGGUCAAAACUGGUCCAGUGACGCUGCACACGCAGACGGCGAUUCAUGUGUCAGAGACUCUAACGAAGGCAAAGUUCACAAUAUCAAAGUGUGACGACGAGCCGAACGUUAACAUCAUUGAAUGUGAAGGAUCGGGAGCGACAAACGCCAACCUGUAAGCUGCUGCAGGACGCCGUCGUGGCCGAUGCUGUCAGUCUGUGUAACU